AUGUCUGCCAAAGCAAUUCUCGAGGCCGACGGCAAGGCCAUCCUCAACUACCACCUCACUCGCGCCCCAGUCAUCAAGCCCACCCCUCUGCCAGCAUCUUCCACACACAACGCGCCUUCCAAGCUUGCGUCGCUGUACUUUGCAGCUGAUGCCGACGUCAAGGGCGUGCUCGACCAGGCCGAGGUCACAUACCCAUGGCUGCUGGUUCCCGGAUCAAAGUUCGUCGCUAAGCCAGAUCAAUUGAUCAAGAGGCGAGGCAAGAGCGGUCUCCUGGCCCUGAACAAGCCGUGGGCGGAGGCUCGCGAGUGGAUCGAGGCGAGGGCAGGGAAGCCCGUAAAGGUCGAGACUGUCGAUGGUGUUCUGAGGCAGUUCUUGGUUGAGCCCUUUGUUCCCCACCCCCAAGACACCGAAUACUACAUCAACAUCAACUCAGUGCGAGAGGGUGAUUGGAUCCUGUUCACCCACGAAGGUGGUGUUGAUGUUGGUGAUGUUGACGAGAAAGCUGAGAAGCUUCUCAUCCCUGUCGACCUCAGCGAAUUUCCUUCCAAUGAGGAGAUCGCUUCCACUCUUUUGAAGAAGGUCCCUGAGGGUGUGCACAAUGUUCUCGUCGACUUCAUCUCGAGGUUGUACGCUGUCUACGUUGACUGCCAGUUCACAUACCUCGAGAUCAACCCUCUCGUUGUCAUUCCCAAUGCUGAUGCCACCUCAGCGGAGGUUCACUUCUUGGAUCUUGCUGCCAAGCUCGACCAAACUGCUGAGUUCGAGUGCGGUGCCAAGUGGGCUAUCGCUCGCAGCGCCACUGCUCUCGGCAUACCAGUUGCUCCCUCCAAGGAGGCUAAGACUACCGUCGAUGUCGGCCCGCCCAUGGAGUUCCCUGCUCCCUUUGGUCGUGAGAUGAGCAAGGAGGAGGCAUACAUCGCUGAGAUGGAUGCUAAGACUGGUGCUUCCCUUAAGCUGACCAUCCUCAACGCCACUGGUCGUGUCUGGACUCUUGUUGCUGGUGGUGGUGCUUCCGUCGUCUACGCUGAUGCCAUCGCCUCUGCUGGUUUCGCCAGUGAGCUUGCCAACUACGGCGAGUACUCCGGAGCUCCCACUGAGACACAGACCUUCCACUACGCCCGAACUGUUCUUGACCUCAUGCUUCGUGCCCCUCAGCACGAGGAGGGUAAGGUGCUGUUCAUCGGUGGUGGUAUUGCCAACUUCACCAACGUCGCCUCGACCUUCAAGGGUGUCAUCCGUGCCCUGAGGGAAGUCUCUCCUCUCCUGGUUGAGCACAAGGUCCAGAUCUGGAUCCGACGUGCUGGUCCUAACUACCAGGAGGGUCUUAAGAACAUCAAGAACGUCGGUCAGGAGCUUGGUCUUGACAUGCACGUGUACGGCCCUGAGAUGCACGUCUCAGGUAUCGUUCCUUUGGCGCUCAUCCCUGGUAAGACGACGGAUAUUAAGGAGUUUUCUGGUUAA